AUUUCCAAAAAAAAAAAAAAAAAAAUCUCAAGAGCGAAAGGAAAAAAAGAAGCCGACAAGAGGUGAACUUGUUUUGAUCAUCUUGAAUUUUCUGCUUCUGAUUUCUGAGGUGUUGCAAUGUUGUUGUUGCUGUCUACCGGUUUAUGGGUUCCUCUAACAUCUUGAGAUCAUUGUUCUCUUUGGGCGUUUGGUGCACUGCUUACGUAACUGUUGCGGUCCUUGCCUCUUUUAGGGUCCUUAACUCCAUCUGUUCCAUCUGAGUUUGUGUCGGGAAAUAAGCAUUUUCUCUCGAGCUCUCUACCAUGGGUUAUGCUCAGCUCGUUAUCGGGCCUGCGGGCAGUGGAAAGUCAACGUAUUGCUCUUCCUUGUACCAACACUGUGAAACCGUGGGGAGGAUGAUGCAUAUCGUUAACCUGGAUCCUGCUGCCGAGGUCUUUAAUUAUCCUGUGGCCAUGGAUAUUCGAGAACUCGUUUCUUUGGAAGAUGUCAUGGAGGAACUAGGGCUUGGCCCCAAUGGUGGACUUAUGUACUGCAUGGAGUAUCUUGAGGACAGCCUACAUGAUUGGCUGGAUGAAGAAUUGGAGAACUACAGGGAUGAUGAUUACUUAGUUUUCGAUUGUCCAGGCCAGAUAGAGCUUUUUACCCAUGUGCCUGUCCUCAAGAACUUUGUGGAGCAUUUGAAGCAGAAGAACUUCAAUGUUUGUGCUGUUUACUUGCUUGAUUCACAGUUUGUGACAGAUGUGACGAAGUUCAUAAGCGGUUGUAUGGCCUCUCUUUCCGCAAUGAUCCAACUCGAACUGCCUCAUGUCAAUAUCCUCUCCAAGAUGGAUCUCCUUAAAGACAAAAGAGACAUCGAGGACUACUUGGAUCCAGAGCCCCGGACAUUGUUGGCGGAGUUAAACCAACGGAUGGCUCCUCAAUUUGCAAAACUGAACAAAGCUUUGAUUGAAAUGGUGGAAGAGUAUAGCAUGGUGAGUUUCAUACCGCUCGACUUGAGGAAAGAGCAAAGCAUAAAAUACGUACUGGCGCAAAUCGAUAACUGCAUCCAGUUCGGAGAAGACGCGGAUGUAAAGGUUAAAGAUUUCGAUGAAGAUUAUGGCGAGGAUGACGACAGAGAUCAAUAAUAACAGUAGCCUUUUGAGGGCUCAUGAGGUCGUGCUUUCUUCGUUAACUGUUUUAGGCUUUUUCCAGACAUCAUCGGCUUUGUUUUGUAACUCUACUGAUAAUUCCCCUCCGAGAAAGGAGAAACCCUAAUGAAUGUGCAGAAAUGACAGUAUAGGCGCUCUGUUUGUGGCAUUUUGAUUCAGAAUUUUGGCAAAACUCAGAACUAAGUCUUGUAAAUUCUCGAUCUUUUUUGUCGUCUAUACGAUUCUGAUG